UGACCGUCCCUGGGCGCCGCAGUGACGUCACCAAGAUGGCGCUGCCCAUACUCCGGCGUGCGGUGGUGUUCCGGUUGCGGAGAGGGCACCGGGCUGUGAGCACUGAGAGCCCCACCGGACCCCAGGGUGCCGCCCCCCUCCGCGUCUUCUCCGGGAUACAACCCACCGGGAUCCCCCACCUGGGGAACUACCUGGGCGCGCUCCAGAGCUGGGCGGAGCUGCAGGAUGAGUUCAGCUCGGUACUGUACAGCAUCGUGGACCUCCACUCCAUCACCGUCCCCCAGGACCCCGGCAGCCUGCGGGAGAGCGUCCUGGACAUGACCGCCUGCCUGCUGGCCUGCGGGAUCGACCCGGAGAAGAGCGUUCUCUUCCAGCAGUCUCAGGUGCCGGAGCACGCCGAGCUCGGUUGGGUUCUUGGCUGUCUGACGUCGAUGCCGCGGAUCCGUCAUUUGCCUCAGUGGAAGAUAAAAAGUCAGACUCAGAAGAACGAAGGCAGCGUCGGGUUGUUUACGUAUCCCGUCCUCCAGGCAGCCGACAUCCUCCUGUACAAGUCCACCCACGUUCCGGUGGGAGAUGACCAAUUGCAGCACCUGGAGCUCACUCAGGACACGGCUCGGAUCUUCAAUCACCGAUAUGGACCGUUCUUUCCCAUUCCCAAAACUUUGACGACCACCUCCAAGAAGAUCCGUUCCCUUCGAGACCCCUCGGCCAAAAUGUCCAAGUCGGACCCCCAGAAACUGGCGACCGUGCGCCUGACAGACUCGCCGGACGAAAUCUCUUUUAAGUUCCGCAAGGCGGUCACGGAUUUCACCUCCGAGGUGACCUAUGACCCAGAAGGCCGCCCAGGUGUCUCCAACUUGGUGGCCAUCCACAGCGCCGUGACGGGGCUGACCCCGGAGGACAUCGUAGAACAGAGCAGCGGACUGGAGACGGCGCGGUACAAGCUGGUGGUGGCGGAGGCGGUUAUUGAAAAACUGGCGCCGAUUCGGGAGGAGAUCCAGAGACUUAAAGCUGAUGAGGGGUUCUUGAGGGAGGUGUUAAAUCGAGGGGCGGUGGGGGCGAGGGAGGUGGCGGCUCCUGUGUAUGACGCGGUCUGCAGGUUGGUGGGCUUCAGGUGAGAGACUUGGGGGGGAGGAUAUGGCCGUACUAAAAUUGUUUUUCCAGGCAGCUAAUAAGGGUUUUUAGAAUACGGAAAAUGAAAGA